UUUACAUUUCCAUCGUCUUUUAUUCUUUUUAUUUUUAGUUUGAGAACUCCAGAUUUGGAAUUUGUAUUCAGUAAUGGGGGAAAAAAGGAUACUUUAUGACAUGAAUACCGGCUAUAAAUAUUGCCGAAAAAAGACCUGACAAUUCAUAAUUGUAUUUUUUAUUCAUUUUUGAGGGGAAUUGAUAACCCUUUUUUUGGGAAAAUAUGACUAUUUUUUGGGAAAAUUGGACGAUUUUCGGCGAGGGUAAACAACCGAUAUUCGGCGGUAAAUUUCACGAAAAAAAAUCACUGAGACCUUUCCGAUCAUUUUUCGAUUAUAACCAAUCAUUGGCACAACACUAGUUACAGGGAUACAUAAUGUCAAAAUAAUAUAAAAGUAUCCCUGAUCGCUCAUUACUGUAGCUAAUUACUAGCCACAAUAAUGUGCGUUAAGAGAACGUUUUUUAAAACGUAGAGUCCCCAAAUCAAAAUCGUCAAAAACUCUGAAGCGGCUGUUAUAUGGACUAGGCAUUGGCUGAAUAAGUAGUGAAUGCGUGGGUACAGCAGGUGACGCAUUUUAAACAGUCGAAAAUGGUUUUUAUAUGUCAUUGCUGUGCUAUUUUUUGUGUGAAUGCUGAAAACAUUUAUUUGCUGCCACAUAUUAAUUGAAUGAUUCUUUAUAAAAUGGCCAACAUGGUGUUCAAGAAGAAGGAUGUGGGCGCUGCUUCCCCAUUUCAUCAGCUGAUUGGUCGACAUUUGGAAGAUGUUCAGACACUCGGGAAAGAAUUGUUCAUGUACUUUGGAGAUAUCUGCUUACGGGUUCAUUUUCUGAUGGAUGGCCAGUCAUUUAUCAACAAUGCGAAGGUUAACAAUGAUUCUGGUGGGAGGACUGAGACAGCCACGCUGGAACUACACAUGUCGGAGGAUGUACUUACGUUCAAGAAGUCUUCAGUGGAUAUCAGGCCAUCGGUCCCCUGUAGGCAGAAAUACGAGACAAUGAAUGAUGUUGACAUAUGUUCCCCAGUGUUCAACUUCCGACGCGCAUUCUCUCUUGUACGUGAACAAACGGACAGACAGGUGUGUGAUGUGCUCCUGGACCAGUCCAUUCUGCCAGGGGUCGGCAACAUCAUCAAGAAUGAGGCCUUGUUUGACAGUGGCAUAAAACCAAGCUCAAAGAUUGGGGAGCUUAAGGAUGAGCACAUUCGCCACCUGCUCAAGAUGACCAGGGACUUUACAGAUAUAUUCUACCGGUGUCGGCGUGAUGGUAAGCAGCUGUCUCCAUACUACAAGAUUUAUGGGAAGCGUCUGUGUAAACAGUGUGAGGGCAGGGUCAUCAUAUGUCGCCUUGGUGAUGAUAGUGGGAGGGUGACCUACUUCUGUGAGAACUGUCAGACCAAUGAUCUGGUAAACAAAAACAGAAAACUUCCAUCUAAGAACAGUUUGCUUGGCUGGGUGCAGACUGGGUCCCACAUUUCACAACCGGAGAUGGCAGACUGGUCAUGUGAGCACUGUACACUCAUCAACAAGGACACUGCAACGUCUUGUAGUGCCUGCCUCAACCCCAGGGUUGACAAAACUGUGGAAGCCAAGCCUGCACAGUUUGGGGCUAAAGGGCAUGUUUCUGGACAAGGCAAUCAAACAAUGAACAGGAAAAGGAAAACAGAAGACUCUGGUGUUGAGCAAACAAGGGCAAAAACUCAGAAAAUUAACACAAGUGUGGUCAAGCUGGAAAACAAAACUGGUUUUAAAACAAAGAUACCUCAAAAUGGAUCUGCAAAAACCAACAAAACACAAAAUGGAACAACAAAGGAACAAAGUGAUAAAAGUAGGAUUCCAAUGUGUGAACAUCACAAGCGAAAAUGCAGCAUGAAGGAAGUUCGCAAAGAGGGGCAAAACCUGGGACGCUGGUUCUUUUUGUGUGUCGUCAGGUCCUGUAAUUUCUUCCAGUGGGCUGAUGUCAAUUUUCCUACCUGCACAGACCAUGGGAAACCUUGUACUAUACGCACUGUGUUGAAAAUAGGACCGAAUAACGGAAAGAGGUUUUUCACCUGCAAACUGCCGAAGAAAAAACAAUGCAAGUUCUUCGAAUGGGCAAUUGGUUAUGACUAAGAGUGGUAUAUUCAAUGUAUAUAGACGCUGUUGUAUACUCAAUACACGGGAUUCAUGUCCAAAUGAUUUUGCAGAUCGGUAGGUUGUUUAAACUGCAUUUCCAUAGGGUCACUGACGCAGCCUCUCUGUCUUGAUAGGAAAAAUCAUUCAGAAUGUAUAUAAAACAAAUAUCCCUUUUAAUGAUGCAAUGCAAUGGUGACUUUAUUAUGCCCCCCUUCGAAGAAGAGGGAUAUAUUGCUUUGCACAUGUCGGUCAGUCCGUCCGUCCGUCGGUAGACCAAAGCUUGUCCGAGUGAUAACUCAACAAUUCCUGGAGGUAUGGUGAUCAAGCUUGACAUGAAGGUUGGGCCUGACCAGUAGAUGACCCCUAUUGAUUUAAGGGCUCAUCGGGUCAAAGGUCAAGGUCACGGUGACCUUUAAUGAUAAAAUAAUUUUAAAGCUUGUCUGAGUGAUAACUGAACAAUGCCUGCACCCAUGGCUCUCAAACUUGACUUGGGGAUUGGGCCUGACCAGUAGAUGACACCUAUCGUUUUUGGGGGUCAUCGGGCCAAAGGUCAAAAUCACAGUGGCCUUGAUUGGUUAAAGGGUGUCUGAGUGAUAACUCUACAAUGCCUGCACCCAUGGCCCUCAAACUUGACUUGGAGGUUGGGCCUGACCAGUAGAUGACCCCCAGUGAUUUAUGGGCACAUCGGGUCAAAGGUCAAGGUCACGGUUACCUUAAAUGAUAAAAGGUUGUCCGAGUGAUAACUACCAUGCCUGCACCCAUGGCCCUCAAACCUGAAUUAGAGGUUGGGCCUGACCAUUAGAUGACCCCUAUUGAUUAUGGGGGUCAUCGGGCAAAAAGUCAAGGUCACAGUGACCUUGAAUGAUAAAGGGUUGUCCGAGUGAUAACUCUACAAUGCCUGCACUCAUGGCCCUCAAACUUGACUUGGAGGUAAUGUCUGACCAGUAGAUGACACCUAUUGAUUUUAUAGCUCAUGGCCUCAAAGGUCAAGGUCACAGUGACCUUUAAUGAUAAAAUAUUUUUAAAGCUUGUCCGAGUGAUAACUCAACAAUGCCUAGACCUAUGUUCAUCAAACUUAAUAUGGAAGUUGGGCCUGACCAGUAGAUGACCCCUUUUGUUUUGGGGGUCAUCGGGCAAAGGGUCAAAGUCACAGUGACCUUGGUUUGUUAAAGGAUGUCUGAGUGAUAACUGGACAAUGCCUGCUGCACCCAUGGCCCUCAAACUUGACUUGGAGGUUGGGCCUGACCAGUAGAUGACCCCUAUCGAUUUUAGGAGUCAUCGGAUCAAAGGUCAACAUCAGUGACCAUUAAGGCAAACUUAACAAUUCAUUGACCUAUGAUCAUCAAACUUGAGAUGAAGGUUGGCCCUGACUAGUAGAUGACCCCUAUUAUUUUGGGGGUCAUAGGUCCAGAGUUCAAGGUCACAGUGACCUUAAAUGUGAAAAAGUUAGCAAAGCCUCUCCCAGUGAUAUCUCAACAAUGCCUAGACCUAUUAUCAUCAAACUUGACAUGGAGGCUGGGCCUGACCAGUAGGUGACCCCUAUUGAUUUUAGGAGUCAUCAGAUCAAAGGUCAAGGUCACAGUGACCUUAAACGAAAAAAGCUUGUCUGUGUGAUAACUUUACACUGCCUGAACCCAUGGCCUUAAACUUGGAGGUCCAUGCAUAUUUCAUUCAAUCCCAAAUAAUCCUGACAACAUGGCACUCAGGGGGGCAUAAUGUUUGACACCUCUUGUUUUUAAGUUGUUUUAAAAUAUUUUGGACAUUUCUUAACAGAAAAAUAGCAGAGUACUUGUUUUAUGUGUUAUUAUCAAACAUUGUUUUAGCCAAAGUAUUGAUAAAGGUCAACAGUACUAAGAUAUGUUUAGUGUUAUUUUGAGUCACACAGUGAAGCUACACUCUCAAUGCAGGUUUGGAAUCCCCGUACCCCAAACCCCAAUGAGUGGGGAAGACAUAUUGUUUUGUCCUGUCAGUCCAUACGUCACUCGUCAAUUAAGCUUACUACAGAGCUACAGAUAACUUUUUUACAUUAUAUUUUACACCCUUAUGCAUUCUAGUAAAGUGUAUGGUACACUCUUGGGUUAUUCAUUAGUGUAACUGCAAUUUCUAAAGUGUACUGAUACAUUAAAUUACAAAAUUGAAUGACUUAUUUUACUUAAUGAACUUUAUAGUACAAAACAAGAACUUACUCAAAAUUGAAAUGUUGCUCAGCUAAUUAUAAGUCCUGAUUAAAUAAAACAUCUUUACUACAUGUACUUUGCUUUCUUGGCUUACAACCUUCUAUAGGUCUCUUAGGAUAGUGUAUCGAUUUUAACAAAUCGGUUUAGCAUUUAGUCAAAACCGCUGGCGUAUAACAGUAAAAAAUACUCGGUAGAACUUCAUGCCCUAUUUUUAGCUCACCUGUCACAUAGUGACAAGGUGAGCUUUUGUGAUCACAAUUUGUCCGGCGUCCGUCCGUCGUCCGUCCGUCCGUCCGUAAACUUUUACUUUAAACGACAUUUCCUCAUAAACCGCUUAGCCAAUUUCAUCCAAACUUCACAGGAAUGUUCCUUGGGUGGUCCCCUUUGAAAAUUGUUCAAAGAAUUGAAAUCCAUGCAGAACUCUGGUUGCCAUGGCAAUGGAAAGGAAAAACUUUAAAAAUCUUCUUCUCCCAAACCACAAGGUUUAGGCCAUUGAUAUAUUGUAGGUAGGAUCACCAAAUGGUCCUCUACCAAGAUUGUUCAAAUUAUGGCCCUUGGGUCAAAAUUGGCCCCGCCCCGGGGGGUCAUGGGUUUUCUCUAAAAAAACUUAAAAAAUCUUCUCCUCUGAACUUACUUGGCCUAGAGCUUAGAUAUUUGUCAUGAUUCAUCACCUAGUGGACCUCUACAAAGUUUGUUCAAAUUAUGGCCCUGGGGUCAAAAUUGGCCCCGCCCCGGAGGGUCAUGGGUAUGCUCUAUAUGUUUAUAGUUAAAACUUAAAAAAUCUUCUCCUCUUAACUUACUUGGACUAGAGCUUAGAUAUUUGGCAUGAUUCAUUGUCUAGUGGACCUCUACAAAGAUUGUUCAAAUUAUGGCCUUGGGGUCAAAAUUGGCCCCGCACCGGGGGGUCAUGGGUUUUCUCUAUAUGUUUGUAGUGAAAACUUCAAAAAUCUUCUCCUUUGAACUUACUUGGCCUAGAGCUUAGAUAUUUGGCAUGAUUCAUCGUCUAGUGGACCUCUACAAAGAUUGUUGAAAUUAUGGCCCUUGGGGUCAAAAUUGGCCCCGCCCCGGGGGUCAUGGGUAUACUUGAUAUGUUUAUAGUUAAAACUUCAAAAAUCUUCUCCUCUUAACUUACUUGGACUAGAGCUUAGAUAU